CAAAUAACCAUGAGUUGCUGGUCAAGUCCGAGCCUGUGGGUAGCACCGGCGCCCUGAGGGCGUGAGCCACGAGCGUUUCCAGGGCCGCCUCGGGGGUGUCGCCCCCGAAGCCGGGGUCCUGUGGUCGGGCUGGCGCCCGGCCCCCGCCCCGCCUGCGUCCGCGCCGCAGCUUCAGCUGCUAGCUGCUGGUGCCCGCGCCGGACGCUGCGACCGGGCCGGGUCGGGGGCCGGGGGCAGGCGGCAGGCGCGGCGGGCCGGAGCCGCCGCGGGGCGCCGCGCCGCGGCACGCACCAGCAUGAGACUCAGUGGAAGCUUGAGAACUUGGAGAUGUCCUGGACCCACACUGACAAAUCGUCUUCUACUUUUUGCUGUGAACACAUCUGUCUGUCAGGAGGCAUGAUUAACGUGACAGUGUUAGGAUCGUCAGCCAUCCCACUGCCCCGCUGUCAGGGUACUGAGAGUGGGGAAACAUGGAGGAGAGUAAGAAGGAGACGGUGAACCGAGCUCAUGUCCUCUUUGACCGGUUUGUACAGGCCACUACCUGCAAGGGAACCCUCAGGGCCUUCCGGGAGCUCUGCGACCACCUGGAGCUGAAGCCCAAGGACUACCGCUCCUUUUAUCACAAGCUCAAAUCCAAGCUUAACUACUGGAAAGCCAAAGCACUCUGGGCAAAGUUGGACAAACGGGGCAGCCACAAAGACUACAGAAAGGGCAGAGCAUGCACCAACACCAAGUGUCUCAUCAUUGGAGCUGGCCCCUGUGGUCUCCGCACAGCCAUCGACUUGUCCCUACUCGGAGCCAAGGUGGUCGUCGUUGAGAAACGAGACGCCUUCUCCCGCAACAACGUCUUGCAUCUCUGGCCGUUCACCAUCCAUGAUCUGCGAGGUCUGGGUGCCAAGAAAUUCUAUGGCAAGUUCUGUGCUGGAGCCAUCGACCAUAUCAGUAUCCGUCAGCUUCAGUUGAUACUCCUAAAAGUAGCCUUGAUCCUAGGCAUUGAAAUCCAUGUCAAUGUGGAAUUCCAAGGACUUGUACAGCCUCCUGAGGACCAAGAAAAUGAACGGAUAGGUUGGCGGGCACUGGUGCACCCCAAAACCCAUCCUGUGUCAGAAUAUGAAUUUGAAGUGAUCAUCGGAGGAGAUGGGCGCCGAAACACCUUGGCAGGUACUGGUCCACGGCUCUCUGUCUGGUUCAUGGCAAGAUGGAGGGCGGCCCUUUCACAGUGCUGGGGUGCAGGAUUUCGUCGGAAAGAAUUUCGUGGCAAAUUGGCUAUUGCCAUUACAGCAAAUUUUAUUAACCGAAAUACAACAGCGGAAGCCAAAGUUGAAGAGAUUAGUGGUGUGGCUUUUAUAUUCAACCAGAAAUUUUUCCAGGAACUGAGGGAAGCCACAGGUAUAGAUUUGGAAAACAUCGUCUACUACAAAGAUGAUACACACUAUUUUGUCAUGACAGCUAAAAAGCAGAGUUUACUGGACAAAGGGGUGAUAGUGCACGACUAUGCCGACACAGAGCUCUUGCUUUCCCGGGAGAACGUGGACCAGGAGGCUCUGCUGAACUAUGCCAGGGAGGCAGCAGACUUCUCCACCCAGCAGCAGCUGCCGUCCCUGGAUUUUGCCAUCAAUCACUAUGGGCAGCCUGACGUGGCCAUGUUUGACUUCACUUGUAUGUAUGCCUCCGAGAACGCAGCCUUGGUGCGGGAACAGAAUGGACACCAGUUACUGGUGGCUCUGGUUGGGGACAGCCUCCUCGAGCCUUUUUGGCCAAUGGGCACAGGAAUAGCCCGGGGCUUUCUCGCAGCUAUGGACUCUGCCUGGAUGGUACGAAGUUGGUCUCUAGGAGCGAGCCCCCUGGAAGUCCUGGCAGAAAGGGAGAGCAUUUAUAGGUUGCUGCCUCAGACCACCCCUGAGAAUGUGAGUAAAAACUUCAGCCAAUACAGCAUAGACCCUGUCACCCGCUAUCCCAAUAUUAACGUCAACUUCCUCCGGCCAAGCCAGGUGCACCAUUUAUAUGAUACUGGAGAAACAAAAGACAUUCACCUGGAGAUGGAGAACUUUGUGAAUUCCCGUACCACCCCAAAGCUGACUCGCAAUGAGUCUGUAGCUCGUUCAAGCAAACUGCUGGGUUGGUGCCAAAGGCAGACAGAUGGCUAUGCAGGGGUAAAUGUGACAGAUCUCACCAUGUCUUGGAAAAGUGGCCUGGCUCUCUGUGCAAUUAUCCAUCGAUUCCGCCCCGAUCUGAUAGAUUUCGAUUCUUUGGAUGAGCAAAAUGUGGAGAAGAAUAACCAGCUGGCCUUUGAUGUUGCUGAGAAGGAACUGGGCAUUUCUCCCAUCAUGACAGGCAAAGAAAUGGCCUCAGUCGGGGAGCCUGACAAGCUGUCCAUGGUGAUGUACCUGACCCAGUUCUACGAGAUGUUCCGGGACUCUCUGCCCUCUAGUGAUGCUUUGGACCUGGAUGCUGAGGAGAAAGCAGUCCUGAUAGCCAGCACCAAAUCCCCCAUCUCCUUCCUGAGCAAACUGGGGCAGACCAUCUCCCGGAAGCGUUCUCCCAAGGACAAAAAGGAAAAGGACUCGGAUGGCGCUGGAAAGAGGAGAAAAACCAGUCAGUCGGAAGAGGAGGAAGCACCCCGGGGCCACAGAGGAGGGAGGCCUGUGCUGGCGAGCACUCUAACAGACAGGAGGGUAGAGGUGGCUGUCGGCAACCAGAACAAAGUGAAGUACAUGGCCACCCAGCUGCUGGCCAAAUUUGAGGAGAAUGCACCCCCACAGUCCACUGGUGCGAGGAGACAGCCAACACAAGAACGUGGGGUCAGCCAGCCGUCCUGCUGCCUACCUGAGCAGGGUCGCCCUGCUCCCACCCCACUGUGGAAACAGCAGCGGGAAAAGGAGCAUCCUCGGACCUGCCCCAAAAAAGUGAUCACACUCUCUCCUCCCUCUACUCCCACUCCCUGUGGGGUUCGUGGCGGCCAGCAGAUAUACAGGGACCUUGAUGCUGACAGCAGUGGCAAGCAGAGUCCCCAGCCUGAGAGGCCAGAGCCUGAACCUUCUCGUCGAUUUUUUGUUGACCAGUGGGAGCUUUCUCUUAGUCUCCGCUCCUCCAGCCGCCCCGCCUCCCCCUCCUCUGACUCCCUCCGGCAGAAGUAUAUAAAGAUGUACACGGGCGGAGUGAGCUCAUUGGCUGAGCAGAUAGCCAAUCAGCUUCAAAGGAAAGAACAGCCCAAAACCCUUCUAGACAAGAAGGAACUGAGCUCAAUAAAGAAGGAGUUCCCACAGAACCUGGGAGGCAGCGACACCUGCUAUUUUUGCCAGAAGCGGGUCUAUGUGAUGGAGAGACUGAGUGCCGAGGGCAAGUUCUUCCACCGGAGCUGCUUCAAAUGCGAGUACUGCGCCACCACCCUUCGCCUUUCAGCCUAUGCCUACGACAUUGAGGACGGUAAAUUCUACUGCAAACCACACUACUGUUACCGAGUCUCCGGCUCCGCACAGAGGAAGAGACCAGCAGUGGUUCCCCUGCCUGGAAAGGAGGCCAGAGGACCCCUGCAGGAUGGCCCCAUUGCAGACACAGGUGGACGGGCCGGCGCCGGGGCCAGCCCCACUGAGAGAACCGCAGCCGCAAGUGUCAACGGCUUGGAGGAGCCCAGCAUUGCCAAGAGGCUGAGAGGCACUCCUGAGAGGAUCGAGUUGGAGAACUACCGCCUGUCUGCGCGGCGGGCAGAGGGACUGCAGGAGGUGCCUGAGGAGACGCAGGCUGAGCACAACCUCAGCAGCGUGCUGGACAAAGGCCCAGAGGAAGACGCCGCCAGCAGCAGCUCCGAGUCGGAGACGGAUGAGGAGGAGCCCGCGCUCCCCACCUCGGACCUGGGCGGCGUUCCCUGGAAGGAGGCCGUGAGGAUCCAUGCCCUCCUGAAAGGAAAGGGCGGAGAGGAGCUGGAGGCCUUGAAGGGCCAGGAGCUGGGCGAGGGCGAGGACAGGGACGAGGACGAGGAGUAUGAAGAGGACGGGGACGACGCGGAGUCCAGUGAAGCUGGGAGCCAGAGGCUACAGCAGAUCAUAAAUCCAGCCAAUCCCCUGGAGAUCCAGGCUGACGUGCACUGGACACACAUCCGUGAGAAAGAGGAGGAAGAGCCGACCGCACCCACCUCUGAGUCCUCUGCUUCUAGAGUGCCUGAACUUCCCUCCGUACGCCGCGCAGCAGUGCAGGCCUGGCUGGAGACGGUCGCCCGAGUCCCAUUUGACGAGAGUGACGUGGAGGAAGAUGUGGACUCGGAGCCAGCGGAGAGAGAAGGGGAAGCAGCAGAGAAUGGGGACACAGGGGACACUGGUGCUGAGCUAGAUGAUGAUCGGCACUGGUCGGACCCUGAAGCAGAGCUGCACGUGUGGCCCCAGGAGCCAGGGAAAGCGGAGCUAGAGCUGAAGAUUCCAGAACACAAGGAGGAACACCACCCUGCCAUUCCUGGGCACCAGCAGAGGGGUCCCUCCCACACGUCCAGCCCCAACCGGCCCCCAGAGAAGCAAGGCCUCAGCCCUGUGGCAGAGGGGCCGAGAAUCCCACUCUCCUCUGUUGGUACCAAAGUGACAUCGCACGAGUUGCACCUUUCCCCUGAGCCUUUGCUCCCCACAGCAAAGCCGGAAGCAGAGGCGCCUGCCGCCCAGAGAGCAGUGCACUCUCCCGUCCGAUCACAGCCUCUGGCUCUGCCCGAGGCCAGGGCACCUACCUCCCGACCUGGUUCCCAGUGCCUGUCACCCUUGGCCGCCCCCACCCCUCCCACCCAGCUCCCCAUUUGCUCCCAGCCUCAGCCUUCCUCUGAGGCCACCAUCCUGUCCCCCACUAAGUCCCCCAUAUGCUUCCAGCCUGUUCCAGCCAAAACCUCCACCCCAGUGGCCUCCCUCCCCUUGAAGCAAGGGGAUGCUAAGGACAGACUGGGCAGCCCUCUUGCUGUGGAUGAGGCCCAGAAACGGACUGACCUGGUGGCGGAGUUCUGGAUGAAGAGCGCCGAGAUCCGCCGCAGCCUCGGUCUCACGCCCGUGGAUCACAGCAAGGGCCCCGAGCACAGCUUCCCCUCACCUGCCUUUAAGCCAAUACCCCUAAAAUCUUGUCCAGUGGAGCAGCCAACUUGGGGUGAGGGGCUCCACCUUUUAAAACCUCCGCCUGCACCUAAGAGGCUGGGCCUGCCCAGAGCAGGUGCAGAGCAGGUCCCCCUGCCCACCCCCAAGUCCCCGUCCGGCAGGGAGCUGGAAAGCGCCCACGAGCAGGGAGAGCUGUCCAGCAGCUCCGGGCUGGGCCUCCGGGGCAGCUCCUCCAACACGAAGACCUUGGGCAGCCAGAGCCUCAACACCUCGGACUCGGCCAUGCUCACCCCGCCGGCGAGCCCGCCGCCGCCGCCGCCCGCCGGCGAGGAGCCCGCCACCCUCGGGAGGAGGCCGCGCCAGCCGGGCGAGCGUGCGGGGCUCCUGCCGGCGCCGUGGGUCCGCGCGCGGGAGCCGGCCUGGCAGCCCCGGGAGGAGGUGCGGAAGUCGUUCGCGGAGAGCGUGGACGAGAUCCCUUUCGCCGACGAUGUGGAGGACACGUACGAGGACCGCACGGAGGACUCGAGCCCGCAGGACUUCUUCACGCCGCCGUCCAGCUGGCCCGCCGCGGACGCGGGCGCGCGGCCUGCCCCAGAGCGGCGCCGCCGCGGGCUGCCCGCGGUCUCCGCCGAGGCCCGGGAGCUGGCGGAGGAGCGCAUGCGCGCCAGGGAGAGGUCGGUACGCAGCCGGGCGCUCCGGGACGCGCUGGCCGAGCAGCUGAGCAGGAUGAGGGCGCUGGGGGGCGCCCCGCGCGAGGCCGCCGCGGUGCCCACCUCGGGCAGAGCGCCAGGCCCUGAGGAGCCCGCUCUGGGACGCGAGGCCGCCGGCGAGGAGGGCCUCUCCCCUCCGUCGGACUCAGGGGGCCCGGAAGGGUCUGUCGCCUCGUCCGACGGCUCCAGCGGGAAGAGCCAGAAGAGGUCGUCGCUCUUCUCCCCUCGCAGAAACAAGAAGAAGUCCCAGGGGGAGGGCCGGCCCGCAGAGCGGCCCAGCCCCAGCCUCCUCGAGGACGCAGCCGCCAAGCCCAAGUCCCUGUGGAGGUCGGUGUUCUCCGGCUACAGGAGGGACAAGAAGAGGAAGGGCGAUGACAGGUCCUGCUGCGGCCCCCCUUCCAGCGGGGCCGCUGGGGACUCCAGCGCGCCCAGGACGCCAGCCAUCACGAGGGCAGAUCUGCAGCUCCGGCGCCAGCUGAGCUUCUCCGAGGACUCCGACCUCUCCAGCGACGACGUCCUCGAGAGGUCCUCCCAGAAGUCCAAGCGCGAGUCGAUUUAUGUACCACACGCCUUGGCAUUCAGGAGAUCAUAUUCAUCAAAGCCAAGAACAUACACAGAGGAAGAACUGAACGCCAAGCUGACUCGGCGUGUGCAGAAGGCUGCUUGGAGACAGGCCAAGCAAGAGGAGCUGAAACGACUGCACCGAGCUCAGAUAAUCCAACGGCAGCUGGAGCAGGUGGAGGAGAAGCAGAGGCAGCUGGAAGAGAGAGGGGUCGCUGUGGAGAAGGCACUCCGCGGUGAAGCAGGCUAUGUUAUUCAAGCUGCUGACUGCCAAGAGGUCAAAGAAAAUGUACCAUUGAGGACUAGCAUAGGAUUUUGCCAAAAUUCCUCUUUCUGGUUGUUGAGGCAUGGGCAAGAAGGACGACCCGAAGCUGAUGCAGGAGUGGUUCAAGCUGGUGCAAGAGAAAAAUGCCAUGGUGCGCUACGAGUCAGAGCUGAUGAUUUUUGCCCGGGAGCUGGAAUUGGAGGACCGGCAGAGCCGGCUGCAGCAGGAGCUCCGGGAGCGGAUGGCAGUGGAAGAUCACCUGAAGACGGAGGAGGAGCUGUCAGAGGAGAAGAGGAUCCUGAACGAGAUGCUGGAUGUGGUCGAGCAGAGAGACUCCCUCGUGGCCUUGUUAGAGGAGCAGCGGCUGCGAGAGAAAGAGGAGGACAGGGACCUGGAGGCCGUCAUGCUGUCAAAGGGCUUCAGCCUGAACUGGUCCUGAGCCCCUGCGCAUGUCCUUGCGGCACCCACCUGACCAGGGCUGGGCUCCUCCAGACCACCGAGUCCCAGACUGGAGAAGGCCUGGGAGUUUGCACUCAAAUGCCCACGUGCCUCUAGAAAAUCAGGCCAGGCAUCUGUGCUGCAGAAAACCCAGGUGAAGAGAUACUGAGAUGGUCGGCGGCCCACAGAGAGGCCCAGCCUGACCUCCCGCUUCAGGGAGAGAAGGGCGUGGAACGGAAACGCCUGCUCACUGCCCAGGCUUACAGUGGCUGGGGCCCCUCCACCCACAGGCAUGCUGUUGAGGGGAGGAGGCUGCUGCCCCUGACAGAACCACAGCCCGAGGGUAGCCCUGCGGGCGUGGGGGCAGCUGUCUUCAUGCGCCUGAAGCACCACCAAAGAGUCGAAGAUGCUUUUCCCGAAAAAGCAAAAGUGUUGAGUCCUGACCCAGGAGGGGCAGCACCCACCCAGCACCGGGGCCCAAAGAGCCUGCCCCCCGGCCCGCACCACACACUGGGCCCUGAGUGGCCAAGUGCCUGAGGCCCCUCUCUGGCUGUGGCCCAAAGCCUGUAGACUGCUACAUUUUGCUUUUAAUUCACAACCAUUUUGACACUGGAAAAUCCUGACUUUGGUGGAGGGGAAGGCCCUACAUCCCAAGCCCCAGUGGACAGGCAGGCGCCACUGCUCAGCUCUCCACAUCAAGGCAGGAGGUUACCUUGUUCCUUGGUGUUUUUCCUGUGUUUGCACACUGAAACGAAGCUGACCGCCUGGUAAGAUGCUCAGCUGCUUUGGACGCUUCUUGUCAAUUAACUUAUUUUUUUAAUACUUGAAAAGAAGUGGCUUCAUUUUUAUGUCUUUACUAGAGACACUGGUCACCUGCACCUGCUGUAGGAGUGGCAGGGGUCUCUGUGUCCUGCACCCCCAGUCCCAGGCUGAGUGCUUGUUACCCUGUCUAUUUAUUAGCCUUCACGGUGUUGCUGACCGCUGGCAUUGUGUGGUCCCCCAUCACAGCCACCUGUCCCUGCCCACACUCAGUGUCGGCCCCUCCCCCUCCACCCACACCCCUCUUUCAGCUCUCGCUGUGGCGCCAGACGCCCAUGUCUGCACCACCACUUGUCGAGGGUAUGUGUCCCAUUGAAGGCCGCUUGCCUCUCCUUGUUGGAAUCCCAGCUCUGUAGAACCCAUUGUUCUCUCAACUUUGGUGUCAGGAUCUCACCUCCCACAACACAUUUAUUAAAGAAAGUUGCAGGUGCACCCUCUCCCAGGCUGGCUGAGAUGGCAUGUGGUGAGACUGUGGCACCCUCCUGAGCCAGCCGGAUGGAGGUGCACAUGCUGCAACAGGUGUCGGGCCACAUGUGUCUCACAGGCUGCUCGCUGCUCCAGCCCAAACCUCCCUGUGCCCUCCUCUUCACCAGGAGGCAGGAAGUGGUAAACACUAGCUCCGGGGCAAAUGCAUGUUGCUUGUGGCUCAACCGGAGGCUGAUGGGAUGGCUCAUGGAGCCACUGUGAGGACCCUGGUGAGGCAGCACCUGGCCCAUGCAUGGCAUAAGUGAGCAGCCAGCCCCAGGCUCCUGUCAGUCCCAGGCUGCUUAGGAAGGUGCCCUGGCCGACUCUGGGUGGAGACAGGCUAGGGCAGGGAGAAUGGAGGCCUGGCACCUUUUCAGACAUCCCUGAGGCUAGGCAGGUGGGCGUCCGCGCCAACCUUCCUGCGAACCACACUGUGCCUCGACUUGAACAGCCGCUCUUGCUAUGGAGGAGCAAAGGGCUGUCUUACUCUCCACUCUGCCAACAGCUGCCACCCGUCCUGCAGAGUCCCAGGGAUAUGCUGCUGACAGCCGCCACAGCUUUGGCUUCACUUCCCAUCUGACAGCACAGUCUCCAUUUUUAUUCUCUUUUCUUGAUAGUGGGGAGGGGACUGUGUUCUAGGUUCCAUCUUUAAACCCCAGCAUUCCAAUAAAAUUGGUCCUGUGGCCGGUCUUCACCACUGGUGUGGCCUUUUCCCAGCCCUCUCCACCUCCUGCCAGCCUAUGUGGCCAGGCCCCGGACAGCACCUCUGACCCUGAUCGCUCCUGCUAGCCCCAGAACAAGGGAGCCAUGCGAAGUGCCCGCAGGGAUGCAGCCAGCGAGGUGCUCCCAGGUGCUGGCCAGUAUUGGUCAGCCUUCUACACCCCUGCCUCUUUACAAAGCCCACACUGAUGCCUGCAGUGACUAGAAAUGGUCUGAAGGCUGCAUAGAAGCUUCAAAAAUCCACAAACCUACAGGAGGGCCCCACUCCCAACAGUGUUACCACUCCAGGUUCUAGUAGAGCACUUGUAUUUUUUAAGCUCCCAUUUUAUAACCACUGGUUUGUAGUUUCUGUUCGUACCCUGUUGAAAUGCUGCAUGGAAUGUUUUCCAACUCCAGACAUGCACACAGCUCCAGGAAGAUUUGCUUCCCAAGAGUUAAGUCCCCUUGAAGGCAGGGGGAGCAGGGGAAAACAAAACAGUGAAAUGUAGUAAUUCCAGUGUAAGUGAGCCCAGACACAGGUCACCACAGAGGUCAGCCAGGCUUGGCAUCAAGAGGCCAGCAGCUCCGUGUGGGCUCUAACCCUGUGCAAACCCCUGCUCGGAUGGCAGCCUCGGGCCUUUGCCCCCAGGACAGUCCUCCAGCUGCUUCUGACCAGCAGUGAUAACUAUGCUAUAUCCUUUCAAAAGAAAUUUUUCAGUGAGGCAGGAAGUGAAGGAGUUUCAAGAAGAACAUUUUAAAGGUUGUAACAAGGGAGCUACAAAGGGGAAUGAGCCAUUUUAUUGGGCAAUAAAGUCUCUAAAGAAAUACAGAGUGCAUUUCUCAAAUGGCUCUGCUGGAAUUGGCCAUGAGCCAGAAUGCAUUUCCACAUUCCACCACCCACUGUUCUUGGGUAGGCAGUAUCCAUGCAAGUCAUUUGACGUCUAGCGUGUGUAUGGUGUGUACAAGGUGGCUUAAAGAAUACAACUCUUCUUAGUUGUGUAUUUUUUAGUUCUCCAUGUUAUCCUGGCUGAGCCGUCAGCUGCUACCACUUUGGAAAAUGUCCAGAGCAGCCAAGUGUGGAGCUCUUGAAAGCCAAGGGGGAGUUGGUGGGUCAGGGUUCAAGCUCUUGAAAGCCAAGCACCAGCACUCCACUGCAGAGAUGAAGUGUGUUCUGUCAAAUCAGAGUGGCCCCAUGCUCCUAGCAGCCUGUGCAAUUCCCGGCCAGGCAGAUGUGUCCUUUGACAAAGCUGACCAAUGGUGUGGGCUCUGCAGCCUCCAGGCUUAAAUUGUUCAGAUGUGUCCAUGUCCCUGUGAACAGUUAGUGCAUAGGGUCUUAGAGCUGAUGUCACCUUUCUGUAGAUGGGAAUCAUCCCCCAGAUAUCAAAGGGAAUGAUCUGGCCAACUCCUUUCUGCUACAAGCAGCCUACUAAGCUGCUUUUCCAAACGGAGGCACAGUCCAGCUGUCAUCUUCCCUUUGUGUGCUGACCUAUCAGGAGCAUAGCGGGUAUCAGCCACAGCCCAAGGUGCUGCACUGCCACCUGGAGCAGUAAUGGAGGCAGGCUUAAGGCCACUGCACGGAAGCUGGCUGUCAGCUAUCCCAGGACGAGAGGGGCCUAGCUGGCAGAAAUGUGGACAUCGUAGGCAGAAAAAAUAAGCUAUACUGUGGCUCUAGAUUCCCGAAAGGAUAGCUGGGUCACGGCUGUGCCUGCUGGGCAGGACAGUGGAGCCCGGAGGCACCCAUGCUGAUGCCGUCCUCAGAGGGCCUCCCUUUGAUUCGAGCGAGAGGCAGGCAGGAUGUGCCUGCAGUUCACAGCAAGCACAUGGAACCGGAGCUGCUAGUGCCCAGCAGGCAGCCCAAGUGGAAGACUGCAGGAGCCCACUGCCAGGGCCGCCUCCAGAGCACCUGCACCCCCUUCCCCGAAGCCCCGCACCCUGAGUGCUCAGAGUCCCUCCUCAGGGCCAGCAAACCAGCAGAGGGUGCAUGCAUUUCACUUCACUUCAUGAGCUGGCUGGGCUGCCUGCUUGAGACACCCCCUCUGGGCUACGUGUGCGAAGCCCUCCCCCAGCAGGGAGGGGAAGAAGCCAUCCUCCUAGGUGAGUUAGGGCCCACCAAAACACCAGCCUUGGGGGCCAGAGCUGCACCUUGUUGCUCCGAACCCAGGAGCCUGUGUCAGGUGCCCCAGAGUCACAGAGGCCCUCGGGGGACACUCCUGGACAGCCUGCUGCUGCUGGACUUUACCAGGAAACAUUCUGGGAUGGCCCUACUCCAUGUACCGCCUGCCGAGAGCCUACAUUAGAUUUAGUUGGGGUUCAGGCUUCUGUGGGUAGCCUACGUUUGCCGGCUGCCUCUGCCUGAGAAGCCACUUGUUAACAGGAGCGGCAUGGAAGGGGACAGUCCCGUGGUGUGCACACACACUGCCCUUUUCCACACCCAGCGUGGCCUUUCUGAACUGGAGUGGGCAUCUAGUUCUGAGGUAGGCCGGACAUUGGCCUUGGAGCCGUGAGAGUGGCCCAGCCCUGGGGCUGGCCAGGCAGGACCCAAGGGGCAGAUUUCCCCACACCGGCCAGCAUCCGAGAGCCCGGAAGAGGACGGCUGUAUCAAAUGCUUGCAAAGUAGGUGGCUGGGACACCCUCCAGGCUGGAGAGGGGCCCCUGGGUGGCAGGAGCAGGUGUGCGCCUUUCACACCUGUAUGAAAGAGUCUAGGCUCCCUGUGAGGGCAGUAGGGAGUGGGAGUUGGUGGGUUAGGGUUCCAGAUCAGACACAAGCUUCUCUCUGCCUCCUCCCCAGCAUCAGACAUUGCCUUAGGCACAUCCCUUAAUUGAUCAGGACCUCCCUCCCUCCAUCUAACCUGGGCUGGUGACCAACCCACAGGAUCCGUGGGAGGGCAGGACAUCCAAGGGUCUGAGGUUCUUGGACCACCCUGCAGACAGACACAGAUGUAUUAAGUGGUGGUGACUAGCGUACACACGAGGAAGGGGUGAGGAGGGCUGUGGGAACUUCGCCCCACACCCCUGGGGGCUGACUCUCCCGCCAGGUAACCUCAGAUCUGCCUGGAGCCAGUGGGCCUGUGCAUUUAUUUUUCAUGAUAGUAAAUGUGGGGCUGAAUCUUCCCUCUCCUCUCGGGAAUGUAACUUACUAGACAGACACCGGUCCUCCGCUCAGGCAGUGAUCCCAGGACCCCGGCCAGCCACUGCAGGGCAUGCCUGAGCCAGCACUCCGGACACCCUGACUUCCUGCGCCAUCUCUGCAGCCCAGAGCCACCAGCACCAGCCGCCUCCCCCUGAGACAGCUGCCUCCGACCUGCUCCCAGGCCUCCGCAGUCACUAAGGGUGGAGCCAUCCAGUCCGCAUCAGGGGAUCAGUGUUGGGUGCUGAGCUGGGGUUCCCUGCAUGUGCCACAGGCAACUGGCACAGCAAGUAACAAGGAAAACAAGUCACUGGGCAGAGAAUCCCCUAUGGGCCCCUUGGCUCUGCACUAUGGCCCCCAGGUUGUCUCCCCGAGAGGCUGGAUGUCAGGUCUUCCCUGUGGGAGAAAAGACAUGACCAGAAGCACCUGACAGCCAGUGGCUCCCUUUCCCAGCUGCAUUUUGCUUAACUUUUUUUAAAGAAAUGUUUUUUAAAGAAUUAAAUACCAGUUAAAAACUGUGACCAAGGCCAGACUUCACUUGGUACCAGCCUCAUAGAGGGACAGAAUAACAUUUCUGGCCCCAGUAAUUAAUGUUUUAAGUCCUCAUCAAAUUGUUCUUAAAAUCACCUGUAAAAAAAUCUGGGGCGAGCAGGAGGAUCGCGUGGAGGGGUGUGUGCCAGAGCCGGAUGGGACUAGGUCUCAGCGCUUGGCGCUUGACACUGGUCUGGGAACAAGCCAGCGCUCAGCGACCCAGAGGGCGGCAGAGCCUUAACUCCGAGGGUGGUAACCAGCGUCCCUUGCGAGCACCCAGCUCCUGGGAGGUGGAGAGCCGCCAGGGCCCUGCUGAGUUCCAUAGGACAACAUUUGGGAGACAUGGAGAAGACAGGUUUUCUGGAACACUGUGCUGGCUGAGGUGGCCCUCGUGCCGCUGGCCUGGCAGUGAUUCGCCUGGGAUGUAACCUAAGUUCACCUGCAUCUGAGAAGAGCCCUGCUCACCCUGCUCAUGGCUAAUUUUUAGAGUCUUCAUGGGAAGGAAAGUGGGAGCAACUAGAAAACAUCCUCAGUGUGGUGGGCGCAUGUCUACCCACCACUGUUCACACUGGUGGGCAAAAAGCAGAAUAAAGACAGUCAUUAUUUUUGUCUUCUG